AUGAGCGCAAUUAACGUGAAAAAGCUUAAAGUGAACGAGCUGAAGGACGAGCUGAAAAAGCGUAAUCUUUCGGACAAGGGGCUGAAGGCCGAGUUGAUGGACCGCCUGCAGGCCGCACUGGACGAGGAGGCCCUUGCCGGAGACGCUUCGGUGGGCCAGGAAGCUUCGGCAGACGACGGUUUCGACCAGUCUCUCGACCAAGAUGGUAUAGGAGAGGAAGAAGAGGGCGAUGGCCCUGUCGAGGAAAGCAUGGAAGCCAACGAGGAAGAACCAGAAAAUGGGGGCGAGAGCAAUGUCGUCGCCGAGGAUGAAGAGAUGGGUGAGGGUGAAGAUGAAGGGGACGAAGAUGACGAGAUGGAUCCCAUGCUCAAAGGAGACGUAGACGACAUGGAGAAAAUUGACACAGAGGACGGUGAGCCCGGGGAUCAGGCUGCAGAGGGGGAUGCGGACAAAGACACGAAUGCUGAUCAGAAGAAUAAGAAGGGUGUUAAGAGACGCCGGGAGGAACAUGGAAGGGGCUACUUUGAAUUUAUUGAAGAGAACAAAUACAGCUGUGCCUCUUUUAAGUCUCCUGUGCCCCCACUGGAGGAAGAGGAUGAAGAGUUUGAUGACACCAAGGUCUGCUUGGACACCUACAACAGCGACCUGCACUUUAAGGUGUCGCGGGAUCGCUACAGCGCUUCAUCCCUCACAAUGGAGAGUUUUGCUUAUCUCUGGUCCGGAGGCAAAGCCACAUAUGGCGUGAAGCAAGGAAAAGCCUGCUUUGAGAUGAAGAUCACAGAGAAGAUUCCUGUCAAGCACAUUUCAAGCAAGAACAUGGACAUUCACGAUGUGCAGGUCGGGUGGUCCCUGGCAACUGGCACCCUUCUCCUCGGCGAGGAGGAGUUUUCCUAUGCCUACUCUGGGAAAGGCAAGAAGACGACCAACUGCGUGACGGAGGACUUUGGAGAAACUUACGAGGAGAAUGAUGUCAUCUGCUGCCUUAUUGACUUUGAGGGCGACGAAGUGGUGCUGUCCUACUCCAAGAAUGGUGGAGAGCCAGCAGUGGCCUUCCAGGUCUGCAAGGACUCCCUAAAUGGCCAGGCCCUUUUCCCCCACGUCAUCUGCCACAACUGUGCUGUGGAGUUCAACUUUGGCCAAAUGGAGACUCCGUACUUCCCCCAGCCUCAGGACUACACCUUCCUGCAGCAGAUCCCCGUCAGCGAGCGGAUCCGGGGGGUGAAGGGCCCUCAGACUAAGGCUGACUGCGAGAUCAUCGUGAUGGUUGGUCUGCCCGGAUCAGGGAAGACUACCUGGGUGAAGAACCACGUCCAAGAUAACCCUGGGAAGUACUACAUCCUGGGCAGCGACACCAUUGUGGAAAAGAUGAUGAUCAACAGCCUGAAACGCCAGUCGAAGGACAUAACGAAACUGACAGCCAUCUCCCAGAGGGCGCCCCUUUUCUUGGGGAAGUUCAUCGAAAUCGCUGCCCGCAAGAAAAGAAACUACAUCCUGGACCACACUAACCUGUCUGCACCUGGCCAGAAAAGGAAGAUGUGUUUGUUUGCCGGCUUCCAACGCAAGGCGGUCGUGGUCUGUCCGACCGACGACGACUACAAGCAGAGAGUCCAGAAGAAGGUUGAGAGCGACGGGAAGGAGGUGCCUGAGCAUGCUUUGCUCAAAAUGAAAGGCUUCUUCUCUCUGCCCGAGGAGGGGGAAAGCUUUAGUGAAAUCCUGUUCGCCGAGCUGGUAAAGGACGACGCCGCCAAGCUGCUGGAGCAGUACAAAGAGGAGAGCAAGUCGGCUCUGCCAGCCGAGAAGAAACCCAACCAGGGCAGCACCACCCCCAAGAGAGGGGGCGGGUCCCGGGGCGGCAGCCGCGGAGGCAAGAACCAGUUUGGCCGCGGCGGGCCUGGACAGAGGGGCGGUGGGCGUGGAGGCUUCCAGAACAGGGGGAACUUCAGAGGAGGUAGGAACUGCAAUCAGAAAAUAAAUAAAGAAAUUAAACCGCUUCAGGUGUUCUUGGCAAAGUUUUUAAAGCUGUUAAAAGUACCUGCCCAGCUCAAAAUGACCUCUCUGAUCAACCCCACAGCUCCAGGGCCCCGCGGUGGCUUCAGCCGCCCCCCCCGCGGCUUCCUGCCCCCCCCGGCCUUCAGGGGAGGGUACCCCAGCCGUGGUAACUUCAGCCGAGGCGGGGGACACAUUCCCAGCCUGGGAGGGUCCCCGAGGGGUGGACCAGUGAGAGGCAACAUGGGACACAGGGGUGGGCCCAUGAAUAGAGGGGGCCCCAUGAACAGAGGGAACAUGAGCAGAGGAGGCGGCGGCGGAAUGGGCCGCGGAGGAAACCGGGGACAUCCCGGCCAGUUUCAGCAGAGAGGCGGCGGCCGCGGUAACUUCGGCAACAAGAACAGCGGGAACUUUGGCAACAACAGGAACAGCGGGAACUUUGGCAACAGGAACGGCAUGGACAAAGCUCAGGCCUUCAACCAGAGCUGGCAGCAAGGGUUCUGGAACCAGAAGCCCUGGAGCCAGCAGUACCAGCCUGGAUAUUACUAA